AUGUCGAGUCAGCCGAGACCCAGAAAACAGCGCUUUCCCCGCACUGAUCGUCGUAGACCAUAUGGCUCGUGCGCACGUGGCGGACCGGUAGACGAUGACUUCGCAUCUGAUGACGAUGCCCUCUACUUCAAUAAGCGACCUCGUCAUUCUGGUUCAUCUGUCGCCCGACCCUUUCGUCCACUAAAGCCCCUUUUUGGGGCGAAGGAUAAUUGUCUUUCGAAUUGUCGCAUCGAUAAACGUGCCCGAGAUGAGCAUAAUGAACAGGAACGAAGUCGUCGCCGCGAGUUAGCGGUCAUAUAUGAAUUAAUUCGGUGCAGUUUUUCCGAAGAUGAUCUCCGAUAUCUGGAGCCUUACAGCGGUCCAAAAUCGAUUGACAAAUUGUCUUAUCCACAAGUGCUCCAGGUUGCCUACCACUUGCUAAGGGAGGAGCAGCACAAUCUUAUGCUAUUCGAGCGCACGUUAGACGAAAUGAAACGAAUCGAGAAAGAACUGGUUCACGUUGGCUUGUCCGUGCCACAACGUCCGUUCUAUCCGUCCAUUUCAGAUGGCUAUCGCAAGGUAGUGCAAGUGGUAGACAAUUUGCUGAAACACGAUAAGAGUGCUCGGACACCAGACGGCGUAUACGAAGUCACACCAGCGGAACGCGCUGCUCUGGGCAAUUUGCAGCUGGCAUGUCUCCGACCUCGUCCAAACGGUACCUAUCCGGAAAUCGCAGAAUGUGUUCCAUCCCCUACAAUCUCGCGUGGCAGUUACACUGACUUGUCCUUCUGCGGUCGACGCAUGCGCGAUGAUCAAGCCACACUUCUACGAUCCCGCCCCAGUGAUAUGGCUCACAUAAACCCCGCGGAAGGCACAUCUAUCUGGCACAAGGUCGGACGAAAGCUGCGUCGUUGCUCUUCUGCUACCUCAGUGACGGCACUUGAAUCACAUGUCCCCCGGUCGCAUUCUCCCCAACCGUCCGACCGAUUCCGUGGCUGUGACUUGUUUAUGAACGAAGAUAAUUGGGAUGUCGAAGACGAAGAUAUCAAACCUUUACUGAACAGCUUAGUACCGGCAUUAAGAGACGUUGAAGAGGAUGAGGACGACGACAUCAAGCCCUUGCUCAACAGUCUGUUACCAGCCGUUAUGGGCACAGAACCUGAAGAUGACACUGACGCGAUGAUUGAUUUUCUGCCCCAGCUUGACUAG